AAUUAAAUUUACCGAUGAGGGUAAAGUCGUAGUGACAAUUUCAGUGCAAUUACAAGAUGUCAUUGAUGAAGACAAAGAUAAAUCAACUUAUAGUCAAACUACUAAAAAAGGAAAUUUGUUGAUUGAGUUAUUUGACACCGGCAUUGGCAUGGAACCAGGAUAUAUAGACCAUGCAUGGCAGAGUUAUUCACAAGGUGAUAUGUCAAUAACAAAGGCACAAGAUGGUACAGGACUUGGUCUCUCAAUUUGUAAAAAUCUAGUAGAAAUUAAUGGAGGAGAAAUUAAAGUAGAAAGUCAAUUAAGAAAAGGAAGUAAAUUUUGGUUUACAUGGAAUGUUGAAUUAUUAUCAAUAACACCUUCAUUAUCAUCAAAUACUAUUCAUUUUGAUCAAAUAAGUUAUAUAUUACCUAAUUUUAUAAAACAAAAACGAAUGUUAAUAAUUCAUCCACUUGAAGAUGCAAGAAAUUCAUUGUUGAAUUACCUUAAGGUAAUUGAAAAAGUUGAUGCAUUUAAUACCUUUGACAAAGAAAAUGAAUUAGCCGAAAAAUUAAUUGGAAAAGUUGGGGGAACUACUAGUAUUCUUCACACUCCAAUUACAUGGACAAAGUUAAUUAAUCUAUUUAGGUGUAUGGAAGGCAAUUACUCCACUAUUGAUAAAAAUAAUAAGAAUUUGCAGGUUAAUGAAAAUAUUCUGAAGAGAGUAGCAGAUUAUAGGUUUUGUAAGUCUGAAUAUGCAGAUCAAGAUCUAUAUAAAGGCAUAAUAGAAUGUGAUUCUAAGAUAAACAAGUGCAUUCUAUGUGUGGAUGAUAAUUCUAUUAGUCUAGAGAACACAUUGCAAAAAGUUUCACAACUUGGUUAUUCAGCAAUUUCUGCAACUAAUGGUCUAGAUGCAGUCAAAUUGAUUGAUUCGAAAUCUAAAUUAUUAAGUGAUACAUACUCCACAAGCUUUGAAGUCUCACAAACAAUUAGGGCAAUGAAUCCACCAAUUUCAAAUAUACCAAUCAUUAUUUUAACAGCUUUACCAGUGGAAGAGAUACGAAAUAAAUGUAUCGAGUCAGGAAUAAAUGAUUAUCUCGCAAAACCUUUGAAAAUUGAAGAACUUGAAAACGUUCUAACUAAAUGGAUUGAUAAAAAUUAG